GAGGAAGAAGAGGAAGAAGAUGAUGACGAGGACGAUAUCGAGAACACGAAACCGUUGUCGACAAAGGCCGCGACUAGCGGUAGUAGCAGCGCGGCGAAUAAGGCAUCAUCGUCGUUGUCCAAGGGCAAGAAAACUGUUACGAUGCAGCAGGACGAUGAGGAGGAGGACGAGUUCAGCGACGACGACUUUUCGAAUCCCCAACCUGGCAUGGCUUUCGGUGGCCAGUUGACCAAACGACAGCGGUCUAAACUGGAUGUGCACGAUGUCUCGCUCGAGCUCUUUGAGUUGCCAGUCGCAUCAUCACGGAAACGGCAUCAAACCGAGGAAGAACUAGCCCUUAAGAGGAGCGAGAUCACGCGUCGUCGCAAGAACCAAUCUGCACAGCGCGCAGAACAGGACAAACUGGAAACGAUCAAUCGUCUACUCAAGAAGCAGGCCGGCAAGCGCAAGAAGGGAGCCCAGGAUGACGAUGAGGGUGGCGAGGAUAGGAGGAAUGAUAAUAAUGAGGGUGCGGCGGCUUCACGGAGUCGGUUCAGGCCUCCAUCGAGUUAUCUGAGGAUCAGUUAUCGAGCUGAUGGGACGACUUUGUCGAUACCGGAGGAGUCAUUGAAUGAUGUUCCGGGAUGGAUGCAACACUCUAUCCCCGCCUCUGGGGAAAAACUGGUAUCGGAUGAGAAGGAGAUUGCGUGGACAACGACAGGAGAGCACAGGAUCAUUGAGAUCAUGGAGGAGCCGGUCGUACCACUCAAGGAGCCGCAGUAUCCAGCACCGAAGGGCAGAUGCUCAGUAUCGAAAUGUGAGCAGCAGUGGAAGUACCGCGGCCCAAGGAGCAAGAAAGUUGCAUGUGGACUAGAACAUUUAAAACUCAUGGAGGCAGAGGCAUGAGGCAGGCUAAUAUCUAAUAAAGCCGGCGGUUUUGUAUGUGUGCGGAGAGAU